AUAUUUAUUUUUCAAAGUAAUUAAUAUAUGUGUUAUGAACAUAAUUAUUUUAUAAUUUAAGAUAAUUAAUUUUUUUUAUAAAAUUAAUAUAUCAGAAAACAAAUAAUAAAGAAUUAAAUAUCUAUGUUUUGAUUUAAUAAAAAUUCUACAUUUAUAAUUUUUAAAUAACUUUUAAUUAAAAUAUUUAAUAUGACUGCUAUACCAGUUUUUAUUCAAGAAUGGACUUUUGAUCAAGUUUUAGGUUCUGGUGGAUUUGGUAUUGUUCAACUUUGGACACAUAAAAAUGGUAAAAAAAUUGCAAUUAAAAUCUACAAAAAGAUAGAUAUCAAACAUUUAACAGAAACACAACAAAAAAGAUGGAUUUAUGAAGUAAAUAUGAUGAAACGUUUAAAGCAUCCAAACAUUGUUAAAGGAUUUGACUUACCAUUUAAACAUCCUGAUGAUAAAAAAGAUUUACCUAUACUAUGCAUGGAAUUUUGUAGAAAGGGUGAUCUUAGAUCGGUUUUGAAGAAAGUAGAAAAUUGUUGUGGUGUUAGUGAAAAAGAAGCAAUUAAUGUAAUGAAAGAUAUUUCUUCUGCAGUAGAAUAUUUACAUUUUAAUAACAUUACUCAUCGUGAUCUAAAGCCUGAAAAUAUUGUUUUACAAGAUGAACAUAAUAUAAUUUCAUAUAAAUUAAUAGAUUUAGGAUUUGCAAAAGAACUUGGAGAAACCAGUAUAUCUGGAUCUUUAGUAGGUACAUUGAAUUAUGUAGCUCCAGAACUAUUAUGGAAACAAACAUAUAGCUGUUCAGUAGACUAUUGGAGUUUAGGAAUUCUUUUUUAUGAACUUGUUAGUGGUAUAAGACCAUUUUUGCCUAGAAUGCAACAUACUAUGUCAUGGAUGCAAUAUAUUAAAAAUAAAAAAUACGAUGAUAUAUGUGCUUUUAAAUCAGAAGAAAAUAUAAUUUUUGGUCAAGAUAUUAUUGGUCCCACAAAUUUAUCAAAAAAUCUUCAAAAUAAAUUGGUGGAAUGGUUUAAGAUUGUAUUACAAUGGGAUCCAAAAAAAAGAGGAAAACAAUAUGAUGAAGAUGGAACAUCAAAUUUAGUGGUGUUUAAAUUAUUGCAUUCUAUUUUAUCAAAACAGAUAAUUCGUGUGUUUUUUCCAUCAAUAUAUAAAAUUAAUUCAUAUGAAAUAGUUAAUACUACUAAGAUUACAGAUUUACAAUAUAUGAUUGAGAAGGAUACUAAUAUACCAAUAAAUCAACAAACUUUAACAGAUUAUUUUGGUAAAGUUCUUAUUGAAAAUCAAAUACCACUUUCAUUACAAAUUCAGGAUUCAAUUUUUGUUUUUAAAAAUGAAAAUUCUUUAAUAGACAAUAUUCCUUCACCAAAUAUUCCUAUGGAAAUUCAAAAAAUGAUAGGAUUAUCAAAAAAUCAAUUAGAUUUUGAAACAUUACAAGAUUAUUAUAGAGUAACAAUAUUUUUUAUGAAUCAGCAAAUAUAUUUGUUUCAACAGUAUAUUUUUGCUUUAAGUAUAAAAGUAGAUUUGAUUAUUUCAAGACUUGAUACAUUUGAUAAAAAUAUAAAAGAUACAUUAACAAAUAUAAAUACUCUUUUGCAUAAACUAUCUAUAGUUCAUACUGAAUGGGAAAAAGGAUCUACAAAUAAAGAUAAAUUGAUAACUUUGGAAAUUAUAUGUAAUAAAGUUACUAAACUUAUUGAGAUCACUAAUCAAAUAAAAUUAAAAUUUAAUUUGCUAAUAUUGGAGAACAGUAAAUUAAAAGAUACAGUACAAUCUAUUGAUUGUAUUAAAGAUAUGUUUCAAAUAUAUGAUAGAGCUGCAAAAAUUUAUGAGUUGCAUAUAAACAAAUGUUCUCAUAAAGAUGCAAAACCAAUAGAAAUGGUAAAAUUAAUUUUUGAAUUUUUGAAAGAAGAAGAAAUACAAUUUCGUAAUGAAAAUAUUUUUAAAACUAUAAAAGAAAUAACAAAGUUGGAAAUAAAACUUUCAAAAUUAGAAACGAUUUUCAAUUCAGUUAUUGCUAUGAAGAGCAUAUAUUAUGAAGAAUUUCAAAGUAUAACGCAACAUAGUUUUAAUAAUAUGUUUGAUAUUUCUGAUAAAGAAUCUUUAAACUUAUCUACUACUUUACAUGACACUGCAAAUAUUUUAUCAAAUGAUAAUAUGGAAGUAUCAAACGAAUUUAAUAGUAAUCAAUUUUUGAAUACAUUUAAUGUCAAACAUAAAGAAAUUAUAAAUACAGAUAAUGAUGUGAUAUAUGAUAACUUAUUAAUACGUUACACGUUAGAUAAUCUUUUGAUAGAAAUGAAAAAAAAAUAUAUGGAGCUACUUAGUUUGGAACUUUAAACAUGCAACAAAGAAUGUAUGUACUGCAUUGUUUGAUUUUUAAGAUUUUAUUUCUUUUUUUCUUUUAAUAGAUUUUCACUAUUGUUUUUUUUUUAAAUUUAACAUUUUUUUUAUAAAAUAUAUAUUUUUUUUUAAAGAAGUUUAUUUAUUUGUUUAUAUAUAUAUUUUUAAAGAAGUUUAUUUAUUUGUUUAUAAUUGCAGUAUAUUUUAAUAUUUUUGGUUUCUUGAAAUAUAAUGUCGUACACCCCAUUUAAUAUUAGCAUUUUUGUCUGUUUUAAGAUAUGUAUAUAUAGGUCCAUUUGUUAUAUAUUUCUGUUUUAUUUUCCACUCAACAUUAUUUGAUGAUGUUAAGUGAUCUGUAAAAUAUUAUUUAUUAAUAUAAAAAUUAAAAAUAUUUUAUUUUAUAUA